AAUUAGACAGCUUUCAUAACAAAUGGAGCACUAAAAAUCUGUAUAUGUUGAUAAAUAGAACGUUUAUAAAUAUAUUUUUAAUUACCAAUGAUUAUAUAAACUAAGCUAUUAAAAAUAGCUUGUAUCCAGCAUGUGAAGCACUUUAUUAAGCCAUAGUCAAUUAGUCUGAUCCGAAAUGAUCAGAGUUUUAAGCUUGUAGUAAACAUGAAUACUAUUAUAUUUGUUUUGGCAUUAACUCUGUUGUUUUGUUGUUCAUUAUUCAUAGAAGGAGCAAAGCAGAAGAAGGCUGUGAUUGAUUUCAAUGUUUUGGAAAUUGAAAAUUUCUAUAAAGAGUUAGCUCAGAUCAGCUAUAACAUAAAUUACACGGAGCAAAACAUUUCAACGCUUAAUGUGAACUUAGUGCUGAACGAAGAUGUAAAAAGCAUAAAUGGAGCCUUCAACUUAAGAAUUCUACAUGCAGGAAAAUAUAGAAACUUUACUGGAAUUGAGUUUGAUUGUGAAGUAUUGGGUAUGAUUUACAAUCAUUAUAUACUCAAUAUUGUAUUUGCUGGUUUAAGAUCGUCUUCUAAUUUGCCUCUAAGGUGCCCUUUCAUAAAGAAUAAACUUUAUUACCUUAAUGGAUUUAAAAUCGUGACCAAUUUAAUACCAAGUUAUUUUCCAGGAGUAUCCUUUCAAACAUAUGCAACCAUUUCCUAUAAUCAGCGAUUGAUAAUGGGCAUUACAACUAGGGGUAAACUUCGCCGAAUAUAG